AUGGUGAGUGAGCCGCACACUGACGGUGAGGCUGAGAUAGCAGGGGGAGAGGUACACGGAUACUUUGCACUGAACCGCGCCAACGAAGACGUCUUCUCAGCACCGCACUAUAUGAGCCCGCCGCAGACAGGUGCGCCGCCGCUGCCGGCGCUGCCGCCGGUGGCGGGCACGGGGUAUCCGGCGGCAGUGGAGACGCGGUUGCCAAUGAACGGGCAGGGACAGCGGGCGCCGACAUACUCGGCGGUCGGGCCGAUCAUACCGGAUCCACUGUCCACACAACAUUUCUGGUCGAAUUACACGGUCCACGGGCACACGGUGGCAGAGCGGCAAGCAGGGAACGGGUUUCGGGCAGCGUCACCAGUCGGCAUGGCCAGUCAGGCGCCGGCAACGCUGCCGCCAGCAGCGCCAAUGACAUACAAGGCGCCGGCAAAAGUUAAGCAGAUCUACUCGUUUGUACCGCUGCCCGGAGCACAGACACAGAAGCGACCGCGGCGACGGUACGAUGAGAUUGAGCGGAUAUACCAGUGCGGGUGGAAUGGGUGUGAGAAGGCGUAUGGGACGCUGAACCACCUGAACGCACAUGUCUUUAUGCAAGGACACGGCGAGAAGCGGACGCCAGACGGUAAGGCAAAAAGGGCGGCGGAGAGAGCUAACAGUACAGAGUUCAAGGAAAUCCGGGCGCAGUGGCGUGCAAAGAAGAAGGAGGAGGGCAAGAAGAAGCAGGCGGAGGAGCAGGAGGAACAGAAGCAGCGGGCGGCAACGCCGCCGCUGAGAGAGCCGCGCGCAGCGGAAAGCCAGACACACACAGCGAGCAUGGGGCAAGUGGUGUAUACGCCGCUGCCGAAUAUGUACCCGUAUGGGGGGAAUCAGCAAGCACCGCAGGCAGAGCAGGCGCAGCACGCGUACUCGAUGCAGACGUACCAUGCGUCUAUACUGCCGCAUCUGAACCAGUACACGGCGCAGCCGCAGGCCUAUGCAAGCAGCAGAGAGUACAAGCCGCAUACGGAGGAGGAGGACCGGGAUGCAGAGGGGGAGCCGGAUCCCGAGACCUCUGGAUGA